UAAAUUAUUUGGAUUACGUGAAAGUUAUAGCGUUUACAAAUGGCGGUAUAGAUACUGGAAAUUUUCUUUUUCUAAGUAAUGGCGGCGAUCAGCCGCUUAUAGCAGGACUGCGGCGGGCAUUCUUACACUGGGGGGAACUGACUUGGUGUCACUGACAUCCCCAGUGACACCAAUACAGUGAUCAGUACUAAUAAAAAGCACUGACACUGUACUAAUGGCAUUGGGCAUGAAUGAGUUAACAUCUGGGGUGAUCAAAGGGCUAACUGUGUGCUGGCUGUGUGUGCGCUUCACUGUAAGCACACUGGUUUGUAUGGCUGCUGCAGUAUGCAGGAGCUGGCAGGGGAGAGAUCUGUAUUAUUUACAUACAGGUCUCUCCCCCGUCGGAGAUACUCGG